AUGACCUCUUUCAAAACGAUUCUCGCUCCGAUUCUCUUCGCGUGCCUCAUUGCCGCCGCCUUCACUCUGGAUACAGAUGAUGUAAAAGCCAAGGCGAACGUAAAGUAUGAAAAUGCUAAGGACAAAGCUGGAGAUGCAUGGGACGCAACAAAAGAUAAGGCUCAAGACGCUAAGGACGCAUCGAAAUCAAUGGCUGAGAAGGCUGGUGACAAGAUCUCUGGAGCAUGGGAGGCCACCAAAGAAAAGGCCUCUGAUAUCGCCCACUCCGUGAAAUCUCGAUCCGUAGACGCCCAAGAAACCAUUGGAGACAAGGCCUCGAAUGCUUAUGAGACCGCCAAGGACAAGACUGCCGGAGCCGUUGACUCUGCUAAGGAUAAGGCUGGACAAGCUAAGGACGCCGCCGCUGAUGCCGCUGAGGACGCCAAGGACAAGUCGAAAUCUUAUGCUGAACAAAUCGGAGACACCAUCUCUGGAGCUUGGGAGGCUACUAAGGAAAAGGCUUCUGGACUCGUCGGAGCUGGAAAAGAACAGGCUGAGGAGACCAAGGAGAAAGUAGAGAUCAAGGCUGGAGACGCUAAGGACGCUGUCAAGGACAAGGCUGCCGAGACCAUGGACAAGGCCAAUGAUGCUUACGAGAAGGCCAAGGAUAGAGUCCAAAAGAGAUCCGCCGAGGGAUACCAAGAUGCCAAGGACAAGACCGCCGGAGCCGUCGACUCUGCUAAGGAUAAGGCCGGACAAGCCAAGGACGCCGCCGCUGAUGCCGCUGGAAACGCCAAGGACAAGGCUUCAGGAGCAUACGACGCCACCAAGGAAAAGGCCUCCGGAGCUUGGGAUGCCGCUAAGCAGAAGGCUUCGGAUGCUAAAGAUGCCGUCAAGGAUGCCGUCAACGAGUUGUAA